AUGCAAAAGCGUAUAGACAAGACCAAGAGGAGUGUGGAGCUGCUGAGGAGGAGCGGAGGAGCAGGACCAGACUGCUCAAACCCGGAAGUAGUGGUGGCCAUAACAGGAUCCAGUGCUUUUAAAGAGCCUCGCUGUUUCAAAGCUUUCCUCCAGAGCUCUGCGGACCUCAGACCAGGCUCGCCCAAAGCGCACGGGACUAUUUUACGCACAGUUGAACUCUCAAUUUGUGUAUGUGGCCCAAAUAUCAGCUCGGAGAUCCACAGCGCUCACACACAUUACUGCUUGGCCAGCACCUCCACGAAAGAGGGAGGAGGAGGGAUAGAAAGUGAGAAAACGGAGAGAAUGAGUCCAGAUAUGAGUAAAUCAAAACAGAGGAGAAGGAGAGGGACUGGGAGAGACGAGGAAGCGGACCGAGGUGUGAAGACUCAUCUUUUCCAGGACGGGUGUGAACACUUGGUGGAGGAUCGGAGAGAACACGUUUGUGGCGGCAAAUCCUGGAGAAACACACUACAGAACAAAUGA